AUGGAGCUUAAGAUUCCAAAGAAGAAUGUCCCAGCUGAGCCGGUGCUGUCGCCGAUUGAUACCGCCGCCAAAGGGCACACCCCUAAGGUCCUAACAACUCGCAGUAACCCUCUCGUAAUAGAGGGGUGCCCGGUGUUUGGCGUUUCGGACUCAACUGCAACUGUGAGUGGCGCGAUCGAGCGUUUGGUGAGGGAGAGCAUGGCAUGCACUCGUGACCCUCUCUCUGUUCGGUGCGUCUUUCAUGUUGGGAGGUUGAUGGGUCUCACGCAGAACCGCGACAUCGUCCUCCCCGUUGAGACGGAGUGCGUGCUCGACAAUAAUGAAUCGAAGGUGGCGUUCAUUCCAGACGUGGCCCCGACGUGCAUUAAUGCACUGUACAUGGACAUGUUCACGAACCAGGCCGGCGGUCACAGGCUCGCACCAGACUCCGACCACGUCGAAGUGGAGAUAGUAUCAUCGUCUAACGUGGACCAGCGCAUCCCAGGGGAUGCAUUGGAGGGGUUUCACCACACCCGAAUAUACCGGGUGCCGUACAGCACCGAAGAGGGCCUGCGCCUCUCCGACAUGCAGUGUUGGGACCACAACGUGCUGAACACCAUGCACGUCUAUCGGCCACAAUCGCAAUACCAUUAUCGGCUCCAGACAUCUUCAGUUGUCGCCAAAGAAGGGGAAAAUGAUGGCGGCGUCCUGGGCAUGACCCUGAAGUUGUGUUUCCGCUAUAUGCGCAACUACAAGACGACCACCGUCAAUGACGAGAAACUCGUUAGGUGGGAGCUGAACAUCGUCGAUCACUGGGACGUUGUUCUGAGCGACGAAAUGACGCAACUGCCAAUUGAGCGGCUUUUUGAGUGUUUCACGACAUGCCUGGUCAGUAAGCAUUCGGACAUGUCGGCCUUCCCGUUCUUCGACCGCGAGGUUGUUGAGGACGGACGUCGCCACUACGUGCAGUUAUGUGUACACGGUUCCCAGCUGGGGAAGCAAUUUCGGCGCUUGACGGAUUGCAAGGCGAAUAGGUUCGGCUACAUAUUGUCGCUGGUGCACAGCAACCUACGCAUGAUCCUAGACAGCUUCGAUUCGAUGUCGGUGGAUGAAGUACCCACUGCCGACUUUUACCCUAAUCUCUUCGGGGACACUGCUGAGGCCGUACAGUUGCACUACGACACGCGUAAGUUGGUGCGUCAAAAGGGCUCGGCCAUCGAAGCGCUCCGGCGCCACAACAACCUGGUGAAGCGUGUGAUGAUUGCGUGUUACGUUCGACGCAAAAACACCGUCCUGGAUCUCGCCUGCGGUCAUUGCCAAGACCUGGACAAAUACGCUACUGUGGGCAUUAGUCAUGUUAUGGGUAUAGACAUAUCUCUGUCCGAGAUUAUGGAGGCCCGACGCCGCUUCUCUGAGCAAUUGCGCGGCCGCCGUUUCCGGUUCAAAGCGGAAUUCCACCACGGCAACCUGCUGGAUGAGAAGGUGUACACGACCUACGUGCGGAACAAAAAGUUCGACGUGGUCUCCAUGCAGCUGGCCAUCCACUAUAUAAUCUCUGACGAGGCCAGCGCCAGCAUGAUGCUGCGCCACAUCCACCAGGCACUGGGGGAGAAGGGGAUUUUCAUCGGCAGCACUGUGUGCUGCAACGCCAUCGCAAAGGGCCUGAUUGCCAACCCUCCGCACCAAACAUCGGAUGAUGCGGGACAAAGAUGGGAUUUCGGCAACUCCAUCUUUAGGGUUACCAUGGAAGACACGGCGGUCGAAAAAUUGGUAGACGAAGCAACUGGGCAACCUUACCACCCCGACGAGCUUAUCAGCCGCCUAGAGAGCCAAUGGGGUCUGAAGUACCACUUCUUUUUGAUGGAGUCCAUAGACGCGAGCGAGUAUGUAGUCCCGUGGAAGUCGUUCUCCGAGCUGUGCACUCGGCUCGGAUUCCGUAUAUUAGAGACUUUCACAUUUCCGGAAUACAUGGAGCGCGCUCCGGAGCUAUUCAAGAAACUGGCAAGCACUCUCACGGCUAAUGUGUUGGAGAAUGUGUUGCAUCACCUACGUGUGAUGUCUACUGUGGAGAUGUCUACGGAACAGCAGGAGGCAUUCAUGUUGUACCGCAUCUUCGUUUUCGAGAAGGUUACUGGACGCGACAAGCUCUAUAUGCAGGGCGUGAAAAUACGCCGUUCGUCGUGA